AUGAAUGAUGUUUUGAUGAACUAUACAGGUGUUCCACAAUGCUGGAAAGAAGGGAGAACAUGUAAAUUCAUCAAUAUAGAAAAACAGGUUGGUUUACUUGAUGUGAAAGUACAUAAUUGUGUGAAUUUGCACGAAUUGAAUAACAAAAACAAAAUACAAACUACUGUCAUUUUGCAGGUCCCGUUCAAUUGGGCCAUUCCAAUGUAUGGAUAUAUUAUGCCAAUAAUUGCAUCGCUAACAAUUGCAACAAAUAGUUUCAUUGUUGUUGUGUUGUCUCACAAAUAUCUACGAACUCCAACAAAUUUUGUGCUUUUGGCGAUGGCAGUUUCCGAAUUGCUGACUGGUGUUGUAUGUUUACCCUGGUUCAUCUAUUAUUUCACGCUUGCAGGUAACAAUUAUAUUCAGAUCUUUGAAACACCUAAAUUUAUUUUAAGGAUACAAGGAUGAUAAAGAUCGCGGUCUUCCUGAAUUUUGGUGUAAAGCUGUGCCAUUAUUGGCAUCAUUUUUGCCCUCCGUUUCACAUACAAUGGCUAUUUGGUUGACUGUUUAUCUUGCGAUUCAAAGAUACAUUUAUAUUUGUGUCCCAUCGUUAGUUCGUAAAUUUUGCACUAUCCGUCGAAGCAAACAGGUUAGUUGUAUGUAUCAAAGCAAACUUAGAAAUUCAAUUAAUUUUUUCUUCAACUUCUAUAGAGAUGUUCAUUGAGCGGCGCACACUGAAAAUCCAUACCUAAAUUAAAAACAACAGAAAAAGAGUACAAACAGCCAAUUAUUCAGAAAAAUAUAGACAAAAACAACACUAAAAAUUGUUUUUACGCUAGAAUGAAUAUUAAAGAUAUUAAUUCACUAACUGCAAAUUUUUUAGUGAUCAUAAAUUAGCCAAAAAAUGAAAAUAAUAAUGAUUACAGGUUAUACUCUUAAUUUGUAUUGUGGCUCCGCUUGUUUACACACCCGAAAUUUUAAGCCACCGAAAUGAGUCGUAUGAGUUAACCGAUAACUACACACAUGGUAAAAUAGUGUGAAAUAAAAACUGAAUGUAAAAAUUAUGAUUUUCAGCUAAAAAACGAUACUGUUUCCGUGUUCGCAGCACAUUUAUUGAUGGGAUUUCUGAUAAUUCCUACUAUAAUGUGCAAUAUUUUAUCCAAAUCGUUUUCAUUCACUUUAUACCAUGUGUUCUUCUUGUUAUUUUCACGUGGAAACUUGUUCACGCUAUUCGAGUUGCAGAUAAAAGACAUGCAAAUUUGUUGAACAAAUAUUCAGCACCAAAUAGGUCUACCAGACGAAAAAUGAGUGAAGCCACAAGUUCAUCUGAUAAUGAAAAUCGACUUGUGAGAUUGUUCAAACAACGUGAAAGUGUUAGUGUUAGUGAGCCAAGAAGAGCACAAGGUUUGAAACAGGUAAGAUUUCGAAAAAAGCAACAAGAAACUUCCAAAUUGAUUUUUUAUUCAGAACACAAGAAUGUUGGUUGUUGUGAUUUUGCUAUUUUUGGUGACUGAAAUUCCAGCAGCAAUCAUUUUUAUGAUGCACGCAAUUGCAGUUUCAUUCCGUUUGUCGUUGUUUGAGUAUAAAAAUAUUAACAAGAUGAUUAUCAUCAGGUUUGUUCAAACUACUAAAAAAAAUAAGACACCCGAAUCAUUUCAUUUCUAGAAAUGUUCUGAUUGUCGUUUCAUAUCCGUUCCGAUUUGCAAUCUACUGUGGAAUGUCCCAACAAUUCAGAGAUGUUGUUCGACAGGUGAAACAUUGUGAAAAUUAAAAAUAACCCACGAACCGAAAUAGUUUCAGAUGUUCACUGGAAAAAUGGCAACUCACCCAGUUCGCGACAAGGAUAAUUCCACAACUCUCGCACUUGUUCAAGGAAUUAAUGAGCAUAGUGAUGAUAAGAGGUUGUUUUGCUGGGAAAAAAAGGUUGAUUUAAAAAAUGUUUCAGACAAUCGGUUGUACUUUGUUCGACAAAUGGAACUUUGGUUUCGAGUAUUGCAGAAGAAAGAGUUACUAAAAGAGACAAGGUUUGUUUUGCAGUCAGCCAAUCAAAAAUCUAUGAAAUAUGUGUCAAGUAAAAUUUUCUGUGAUAUUUUCCAAACAUUUUGCUUUGCUUCCAAGCUUAAUGGAAAAUAUGUACAAAACUUCUAUCAUUAUUUUGAACGCCUUUCAUUCUAUCCGUCUGUGUUUCUAUUUAACUACAUUCUUUCCAAAAAAAGAAUUCGAGAUGGUAAAUAUUGUAUCUUUAUUUAAAACAACUUUUCAGGUCCCUCAGAAUUGUGAAAUAGGAGAUAUGUCAUGUUAAGGUAUACUAACACUCACAAAAGUUUUCAUUUGAUUCAAACGUGAUUUUUUUUGUUUGAAAUGUUUCCCCCAUUGUCCGUCCGUGCGCUUUUGUGUUUUUUCCUCAGCAUGCAGCGAAAUAUUUUGGUUAUGCUGUAAAGUAACACCCCCAAAUGAUUUAACCGAUUCCCUUUAGGAAUAUAUUUUUAUUUCUUUUGGUUUGUCGCACAGCAACAAUAAUUGGUUUUAGGCUGUCCAAUGUGAUCCAAGCUUAAAUGAUGAAUGUGUGCCAUUUGAUCCAUUUUUAUCCGAUUUGGCAGUUCUUCAUGAGGCUCCAGGAUGCCCAUAUCGUGUCAAAUUGUCCGGUAUGAAAAUAACUUAUUUUUAAAUAAGUUUUUAGAAAUUUAAAUCAUUUUUUAGAAUCUCGAAGCCAUUGCUCAACCCAGUGUAGUACUGAUAUAGACAAUCAAUUUUUCGCAAAACGAAAAAGCUCACUUCUCCGCGCUGCACUAGUUCAAAACACGCAAUUGUCGGCUGUAGUGGCUCAAGUUCAAUAA